UAGGGCUGAGAGGCUAGUCUGAAACGUGGGGGUAGGACUGCAUGCGGAAGGCAAGAUGGAUUGGAAGGCAAGAUCCGGACGGAAGCGCAGAGGUCACACCUGAGCGAGGUCAGCACCUCCAGGAUCUGCUGAGGGGCUGCAGAAAUGGGGCCAGGAGAGCCAGAGUGGAGACGCUGUGGAUUCCCAGCUGCCCUGGGAGGCUCGGCUCCUCCCUGCCCCUGCCCAGCCCCCCCAUCCCCACCCUCCGUGGGAAGCUGCUCAGAGGCCCAGAGCUGCCGGCGGCGGGGGGUUGGGGGUGUGUGCUGGUCCCUGCCAAAGUCUGGCUGAACAGGGCUGAUCUUCAGCCAGAACAGGGGAACACCACCCCCCCCCCCAGAGGCUGAAAUACCAGGGGUGGGAUGUGGCAUCAAGUGUGGACAGUAGGGAUCCUGGAAUUCUUGGCUCACUUCAGCCACUUACCUGCUGGUGCCUUUGAGCAAUCACUCCCCCCCUUUAUAAAGUGGGUAAACAUAAGGCGCCCCAGUUUGCUGGGUGAGAUGGCCACAUGGGCAUUUACCACGCCUGGUCAGAGCCAGGAGGGAAUGAAGCAAUGUGGGUGCUCAGCACAUGCCCCGCACCCGUGAGAGCCUACCGCAGCCACACGUCAGGACGCGGAGGAUGACAAAGGGGCCACCUUAGAAGCAGCAGCUCAGGAGGCCUUUGGGACACGCAGAGGCAGGAGCCCAGCAGCGGAGAGAAGGUAGCCAGCAGCCGGGAAGCCAGGGAAGGCAUGGUCACACCAGGGAAGCAGAGAAGCCCAGGGUCACGUCAACAAGUGAACUUGCUGGACACGUCCACCAUUCACGGAGACUGGGGCUGGCUCACGUAUCCGGCUCACGGGUGGGACUCCAUCAACGAGGUGGACGAGUCCUUCCAGCCCAUCCACACGUACCAGGUGUGCAACGUCAUGAGCCCCAACCAGAACAACUGGCUACGCACGAGCUGGGUGCCCCGCGACGGCGCCCGGCGCGUCUACGCCGAGAUCAAGUUCACCCUGCGCGACUGCAACAGCAUGCCUGGCGUGCUGGGCACCUGUAAGGAGACCUUCAACCUCUACUACCUGGAGUCGGACCGUGACCUGGGCGCCAGCACACAAGAAAGCCAGUUCCUCAAAAUCGACACCAUCGCAGCCGACGAGAGUUUCACGGGUGCCGACCUGGGCGUGCGGCGCCUCAAGCUCAACACGGAGGUGCGCGGCGUGGGCCCCCUCAGCAAGCGCGGCUUCUACCUGGCCUUCCAGGACAUCGGCGCGUGCCUCGCCAUCCUGUCUCUCCGCAUCUAUUACAAGAAGUGCCCCACUAUGGUGCGCAACCUGGCUGCCUUCUCGGAGGCGGUGACGGGUGCCGACUCGUCCUCGCUGGUGGAGGUGCGGGGCCAGUGCGUGCGGCACUCGGAGGAGCGGGACACGCCCAAGAUGUACUGCAGCGCCGAGGGCGAGUGGCUGGUGCCCAUCGGCAAGUGCGUGUGCAGCGCCGGCUACGAGGAGCGGCGGGAUGCCUGUGAGGCCUGUGAGCUGGGCUUCUACAAGUCAGCCCCUGGGGACCAGCUCUGUGCCCGCUGCCCUCCCCACAGCCACUCUGCAGCCCCCGCUGCCCAGGCCUGCCGCUGUGACCUCAGCUACUACCGCGCAGCCCUGGACCCACCAUCUGCAGCCUGCACCCGGCCACCCUCGGCACCGGUGAAUCUCAUCUCCAGUGUGAACGGGACAUCCGUGACCCUGGAAUGGGCCCCUCCCCUGGACCCCGGCGGCCGCAACGACAUCACCUACAACGCGGUGUGCCGCCGCUGCCCUUGGGCGUUGGGCCACUGCGAGACCUGCGGGAGCGGCCCUCGCUUCGUGCCGCAGCAGACAAGCCUGGUGCGGGCCAGUCUGAUGGUGGCCAACCUGCUAGCCCACAUGAACUACUCCUUCUGGAUCGAGGCCGUCAACGGUGUGUCUGACCUGAGCCCCGAACCCCGCCGGGCGGCUGUCGUCAACAUCACCACGAACCAGGCAGCCCCGUCCCAGGUGGUGGUGAUCCGCCAGGAGCGGGCCGGGCAGACCAGCGUCUCUCUGCUGUGGCAGGAGCCAGAGCAACCCAACGGCAUCAUCCUGGAGUAUGAGAUCAAGUACUACGAGAAGGACAAGGAGAUGCAGAGCUACUCCACCCUCAAGGCUGUCACCACCAGGGCCACCGUCUCAGGCCUCAAGCCGGGCACCCGCUACAUGUUCCAGGUCCGAGCCCGCACGUCCGCCGGCUGCGGCCGCUUCAGCCAGGCCAUGGAGGUGGAGACCGGGAAACCCCGGCCCCGCUACGACACCCGGACCAUUGUCUGGAUCUGCCUGACGCUCAUCACGGGCCUGGUCGUGCUUCUGCUCCUGCUCAUCUGCAAAAAGAGGCACUGCGGCUACAGCAAGGCCUUCCAGGACUCAGACGAGGAGAAGAUGCAGUAUCAGAACGGGCAGGCACCCCCACCUGUCUUCCUGCCCCUGCACCACCCCCCGGGGAAGAUCCCGGAGCCCCCGUUCUAUGCAGAACCCCACAAUUAUGAGGAGCCAGGCCAGGCGGGCCGCAGUUUCACCCGAGAGAUUGAAGCCUCCAGGAUCCACAUCGAGAAAGUUAUCGGCUCUGGGGAGUCCGGGGAAGUCUGCUGCGGGCGGCUGCGCGUGCCGGGGCAGCGGGACGUGCCCGUGGCCAUCAAGGCCCUCAAAGCCGGCUACACUGAGAGACAGCGGCGGGACUUUCUGAGUGAGGCGUCCAUCAUGGGUCAGUUUGACCACCCCAAUAUCAUCCGCCUUGAAGGUGUCGUCACCCGUGGCCGCCUGGCAAUGAUUGUGACCGAGUACAUGGAGAACGGCUCUCUGGACGCCUUCCUGCGGACUCACGACGGGCAGUUCACCAUCAUGCAGCUGGUGGGCAUGCUCAGAGGCGUGGGGGCCGGCAUGUGCUACCUCUCGGACCUGGGCUACGUCCACCGAGACCUGGCUGCCCGCAACGUCCUGGUUGACAGCAACCUGGUGUGCAAGGUGUCCGACUUUGGGCUCUCCCGGGUGCUAGAGGAUGACCCUGACGCGGCCUACACCACCACGGGAGGCAAGAUCCCGAUCCGCUGGACGGCCCCCGAGGCCAUCGCCUUCCGGACCUUCUCCUCGGCCAGCGACGUGUGGAGUUUCGGUGUGGUCAUGUGGGAGGUGCUGGCCUACGGGGAGAGGCCCUACUGGAACAUGACAAACCGUGACGUCAUCAGCUCCGUGGAGGAGGGAUACCGCCUGCCGGCGCCCAUGGGCUGCCCCCACGCCCUGCACCAGCUCAUGCUCGACUGCUGGCACAAGGACAGGGCCCAGCGGCCUCGCUUUUCCCAGAUUGUCAGCGUCCUCGAUGCCCUCAUCCGGAGCCCUGAGAGUCUCAGGGCCACUGCCACUGUCAACAGGUGCCCACCCCCUGCCUUUGCCCAGAGCUGCUUUGACCUUCGUGGGGGCGGGGGUGGCGGCGGGGGCCUCACCGUGGGGGACUGGCUGGACUCCAUCCGCAUGGGCCGCUACCGGGACCACUUCGCCGCCGGCGGGUACUCCUCCCUGGGCAUGGUGCUGCGUAUGAAUGCUCAGGACGUGCGUGCCCUGGGCAUCACUCUCAUGGGCCACCAGAAGAAGAUCCUGGGCAGCAUCCAGACCAUGAGGGCCCAGCUGACGAGCACGCAGGGGCCCCGCCGGCACCUCUGACCCAAGGCCAGUAGGGCCCGGGCAGCAACUAAAGCAGACCCGGGACAUGUCGGCCAUCAGAGGACUUGCAGGGUUGGCGGGGGGGGGUCAGGCAGCCCCCCAAGCCUCUGUCCCUCCUCUCAGGUGCCAAGAUCUCCACCGCAGGACCUGGACUCAGCAGGGGUCAGGCUGCCUGGGAAGGGGCGUUCGGUGCCCAGCUUGGCUGCGACAUCUGCCCCCAGGGCGGAGGGGCUUCUCUUCCCCAGAGGCUGGGGCCUCAGUGACACGGAGCCUGACAGAGACGUCACUCACCUGCCUCCGUGUGUGCGUGUGUGUGUGUGUGUGUGUGUGUGUGUUCAUAUGCUGUAGGGAUGUGUUUUCAUGAGGUCGUGGGAGCCUUUGUGAACAUUUGUGACCAUGUGUGCGUGUCCACCCAUCAGGUCCGAGCACGGAUGUGUGCUUAUGGCGUGCAUGCUUUUCCAUAAUGGCGGGGGGCACACGUGCGUGACCAUGGAUGAAUGAGGACGUGUGUCACAGGCCUGUGAGCACAGAACUUGGUGUGACGCUGCCCACUGAGUAUGGGCCCAGGCCCCAGCACCCACAGGGACUAGGGAGAGGCUCAUGCCCACCUCCCCCCACACCUGGAGGCUGGAAUUAGGGGCCACUUUGGAACUGCACCAGCACCAGGCCCACCCUCGUUUCAGCCCGGGUGAGCCCUCCCCCGGCUCUAUCUCAGGUCUGAGCCCUCCCUCUAGCAGUUAGGGGGCCACCUGCAGCCUCCACCUGGCUCCCACCACUGCUUCCACAGGAAAACAGGGUUCCCGGCCAGCCCCUCUGGCUGCCUACUGUGUAGACAUCGCUGUAGAGUACACAAGAUGCCCUCAGCUGGACUUGGCUGCCUGGUCAGCGGCCAGGGCCAUGAACUUCCCUCUGGGCCCCAAUGCCCCUCCACAUCCCAGGGCUCCUCACUUGGAAGACCCUCUGCCAACCUCUCGCUGCCCAGCCCUGGCCUGUGCCCCUCCCUCCUCAAUCCUAAGAUCAGGGGCCAUAAGAUCCCAGCUUUUCAGCCCCACGUCCACCCCCUCUUGUGCCACCUGAGGAGACCAAGACCUAGAGAGGGGGUGUGCCUUGUCCAAGGUCACACAGCAAGGUCAACAGGGCUGAGGCCGCCUGCCUCCCAGCCCAGGGCUCUUUCCCCCACACACCAUCCCACACUGACAGCUGUGGGUGAGAGGGGGCUUCGGAAGCUCCCCCACCCCGAGACUGACCCUCCCCUUUACGGCCCACCAGGGUAUGUAAAUAUCUUUUUUCUACCAUGCCAGAAUAUUUUUUCCUCACUCCUGACAAUGCAAAAAUGGUCUUCAAAGCACAUAAAGAGCACCCAGGGUGAGAAAGCACCUUCCCAGGGGAAGCUUGGUGGGCGGGGCCCAAGGAACCCCACUGGGCAGGAUGCCUUGUACCCCCUGCCGGCCCCAGAGGGAGGGGCAAGCCCAGCUCCCCACCCCCUGCCCAGCCCUCCCCCCAGCCAGCACAGCUGUUCCGCAGAGACACCAGCACUGAGCCCCCCCUUCCUCCUGCAAUAAUUUGGGGAGUCUCAGCCCCGCCUAGGUGCUGCGGCCAGCUCUCUACACCUCUAUAUAUUAUAUUACUAUAUAGCUGAGCUGUUCUUCCUUCCUAUGGAAGUCGGAAACAUGGUCAGGACACGAUCCAGGGAGGACCCUGUCUGCCUCCCGCCCCCACCCCACUCUCACCCAGUUCCUGGUCUCUGAUCCUCACAGUCAGGGUGGACAUGGAGGGCCCGGCACUUGCAAAAGUGUGGCCCCUGCCCCAGGCGUGAGGUACCCUUGGGGUCCCAGGGAUCUGCUUCUCUGUGGUCUUCAUCCUGAGUCUUGAACUUGCCCACAAUGAGAAUAAAUUCUGCCUCAU